CAGCCUCGCCACUCGCCACGUUCGCUCAGUACGCGUUUGGAAGUGGCGCGUGUCGCUGUGUGGUCGGUGGCGCCGCGCGAUAUCGCCGCGGUGUGUCAAGUGAAGUGCCGUGUAGAGGUGCCGAAGUGGCGGGUUUCCUUGCCGCAGGACGGGGGGCCCAUGCCCCCUUCCACCAGCACCACAUUGGUAAAAGUUAGUGUCCUGUGCCUCAUAUUGUACAGAAACUUAUUGUCUAUGGUCUGUCGGGUGGAACUGUGAAUGUGUUUGACUAUGCCGUCGUUUGGAGGACGUGGGGAGGCAGGCGGCGCGAUGGCGUGCGCCGGCUGCGAGAAGCCGAUCCUGGACAAGUUCCUGCUGCACGUGCUGGAGCGCGCGUGGCACGCAGCGUGCGUGCGCUGCGCCGACUGUCGCGCGCCGCUCGCCGACAAGUGCUACUCGCGCGACAACAAGCUCUUCUGCAGGAAUGAUUUCUUCAGGCGGUACGGCACAAAAUGCAGCGGUUGCGGUCACGGGAUAUCACCAUCAGACCUCGUCCGCAAAGCGCGGGAAAAGGUGUUCCACCUCAACUGUUUCACGUGCCUCGUGUGUAGAAAGCAGCUGUCCACCGGUGAAGAACUCUACGUUUUGGACGACAACAAGUUUAUAUGCAAAGAGGAUUACCUCGCCGGAAAGGCGCCGACCCAACAUUCGGAUUCACUGCUAGGCUCCGGUUCAGACGAAGAAGAAGAGGACGAGUCAAGAGCUGCGAAUAACUCGAGUAGUCCUGCGCAUGCGCCGCACCCAGCGCUGCAUUCAGAACUAUCACACAAUGGAGACACGAAGCCGCACGAAGACUCAGAGGACCAGGGCUCGCUGGAUGGGGACCCCGAGACGCGGGACUCGCAGGCCGAGAACAAGUCUCCGGACGACGGCAAUGGCGGCUCCAAGCGGAGAGGCCCUCGGACCACCAUCAAGGCGAAGCAGUUGGAGAUAUUGAAGUCAGCAUUCUCACAGACGCCGAAGCCGACGCGGCAUAUACGAGAGCAACUAGCCAAGGAGACGGGAUUGCCUAUGAGAGUUAUACAGGUCUGGUUCCAAAACAAAAGGUCAAAGGAGCGACGUCUAAAGCAGCUGACAUCAAUGGGCCGGGGUCCAUUCUUUGGCUCUUCACGCAAGAUGCGGGGGUUCCCCAUGAACCUGUCACCAGGCGGGCUCGAGGAGGGGCCGCCGGGGUUUCCUUACUUUGCGACAGCAGAUGGCAAGUUCGAGUUUGGCUAUGGCCCGCCGUUCCACCAUGACGCGCCAUUCUUCCAUCCACCGCCGGCCAUGCCGUUUAAUCAACCAGGUCGUUUCCCAGGCGGUAUGGAGGCGGUGCCCGGCGGAGAGUUCCCGGAACAGUUCCCCCCGCCUGACCACCUGGUGCUGCCGCGGCCGUCUUCCCCCGAGUUCACGUUCGGCGACGGGCCUCCCCCCCUCCACCCCGAGGGGUUGGUCUGGUAGCUGAAGCCGGAGCCGCGGGACUUCCACGACUGAUGCGGCUCGACGGGCUACCAAGUGGACUUGUAACAGUGUUAAACGAUAAGUCGUUUCAAUGGACGCAGUGAUUAUGUGAUUUUUUGUUUACGUGGAACGUGCAAACUUUGUGUCAUCCAUUGUUUCAUUUUCGUAUCAUGUUUCAUUUAACAUAUUUUCAAUUGUUCAAGUUUCUAAUGCGCAUUUGCAUUUAUUUUGUGGAUUAUUGUUUCGAAUGCACUACACAAAGUAUAAUAGCACUAGCAUUUUAAGUAAACGUAGUUGCGUACAUGUCAUAUGCAUAGUAACCGUGAAUUCGUUUCGUUCUUUGCUUUCCAAAUCUUCGUCUAUAUAUCGUUAUAUAAAAUGUGGCACUGUGAAUACCUAGCGUAGUUGUACAGAUAGAAUUUUAUAUAAAGAUUAUAAUUUAUUAAGUUAAUUUAAUUUAUUUGUGGGUUACUGCGAGUAUACAUUAAGAUGAAUAAUUUUGGUUCCUAUUUUAAGAUAGUUGCAGCGGUAGCGACGUAUUUUAUUUUAUAUAUUUAUUAUAUUUUAUCAUUACUGUUUAGUUAGGAUAGAAUAACUAUGGGUGUAGACAAACUGAAACAUGUUUAAUGUAAAUAUAUUGUAUAUAUUACGGAAUAUAUCCAGUCUGUACAAUACACUAUGUUCUUGGGUACCUCUCUAGUUGACACUUGUUUUACAGAUCCGUUUAUAGAAAUAAUGAACAUUCAUACUGUAAAUAUUUAUGUGUUCUAUUCUGAAGUACUUAAUUUCAAAAUUAUGUUAUUAAUAGAACAUAAUAUUUUUCUGUUGUGUAUUCUUUUACAAUCCCUUUAUUUCGGCGUAAUACAACUUUUCCUAAAAAUCCCAUCAUGUUAUAAUUAUUGAACAACAGCAUAAUAUUCCGAUUUGAAAAUGCAAACAAAAAUGACUAUUCUAAUUGUCUACAGCUAAACUUUAAAUUAAUUUACAUUAUUUCAAGUAAAACUGUAAAUACACGAGAUAUUUUUUGAAUGAAUUUCAGUAAUUUUAAGAUUGUAUUUGUGUUAAACGUAUCCAUCGUGUUUCGAGCCACGAAGUAAUUUAUUUUUAUCUGAAACAAUGUAAAUAUGUGGGCUAAUGUAAAUAGUGAUUAAAACUUCGUGUAAAAGUUAAUUGAAUAUUUUAUGUCCGUUAAAUUGUAAGGAAUAGUUAACUACAACGGAUGACUCGAAUGUUAGUACAUAAUUGUGAAAACAAAGUAUUAGUAGGCGUAGGAAGUUUCGAUAAGUUACUUGGAAACUUCUAGAAGUAGCUAAGUGUGAUUUAUUUUUUAACACCUCAAUUAAUGGAUAUUUCACAUAGGUGUGUCGAUUGUAAUUCGUGAGAAUUUUACGAUGACACUAACAAUAUUUAUAUUCACGCAUAAUUUAGCUAAUCCAGUAAAUUGACAAGAAUAUUUUAUUAUUGAUCCUUAUAAAUGCAUUAUUAAAAAUGUGUUGAAUUUUAUGUACCUAGCCUCUAAUUCUUUAUAAUAAAUUGCGUUAAUACUUCGAGAUUUCAAAAAAAGAACUCGAUGAUAAUCUUUAAAUGAUUUAAUGUCCAAAUCUUCAAAUAAAAAUGUUUAUUUUGUCAUAGAAUUUCUAAGGCAAUGCGCAAACGUUGUCAAUAUGACGAGAAACACUACUAUCAAACGACGACGCAAUGUUUCCCGAUAAGUUGACAGUAUCUGCGCGGCGCUUAAAAGUACAGGUGUCCUAAGUUUUUUCAACAAAAAUCUUUUUCCGCACAUUUUUCUUAUUAUCAGUCGUGGCUGGAAACACGAUGGAGUAUAAAACAGGAUCAUUAUUGUACGUGUGUACGGCGUAAGUGUUAAUAUUUGGUACAUACUGUUGUCUAUCUGUAUUUAGUAUAAACAAAAAUAUAAUGGAAUUGUCUGUAAGUAAUAAACCUAUUGGAAAAAUAA